AUGAGCAAUGAGCAGUUUGUGGCUGGAAUAGAGAUAAUCCUAUGGUUUCGGGCCAUCAGCAUCAGACGUGGAUGGGUGCCACUCAUUUGCUUCGGAAGACUAAUUUUCGGAGUUCCAUGUCUAAUUGCGUUCGUGAUCUAUAAAUGGCGAAGAAGACAUUUGUCAAGUUAUAGCAUCAUAGAAGAUUUUCUCCAAAGUGACAACAAUUUCUUGCCAAUAAGGUACUCUUACUCAGAAAUUAAAAAGAUGACUGGUAAAUUUAAGGACAAGUUAGGUGAAGGUGGCUAUGGCUCUGUAUUCAAAGGAAAGUUGCGCAGUGGCCGUUUUGUAGCAAUUAAACUCUGGGCAAGCCCAAAGGGAUUAAAUCGUGCUCUAGUAUAUGACUUCAUGCCAAUAGCUCUCUUGAUAAAUAUAUUUAUACCAAAGAGGAAAACAUGCCCUUUAAGUUGCAAGAAAUGUAUGAGAUUUCUCUCGGAGUGGCUCGAGGGAUUGAAUAUCUGCAUCAAGGUUGUGACAUGCAAAUUCUACAUUUUGAUAUCAAGCCUCAUAACAUUCUUCUUGAUGAGAACUUUAAACCCAAAGAUUUCUGACUUCGGGCUUGCGAAAUUAUAUUCCGUAGAUAAUAGCAUUGUCUCUUUGACGGCAGCAAGGGGAACAAUGGGCUAUAUUGCUCCUGAGUUGUUCUACAAAAACAUUGGAGGUGUUUCGUACAAAGCUGAUGUCUAUAGUUUCGGAAUGUUGCUCAUGGAAAUGGCAAGCCGAAGGAAGAAUUUCAGUUCAAUGGUAGAGCGUUCAAGCCAAACUUACUUCCCAUUAUGGGCAUACGACCAAUAUAACAAGGGAAAUGACUUGGAGAUGGCAGAUUUUAAUGAGGAGGAAAAGAAAAUCAUAAAAAAGAUGGUUAUAACUGCAUUGUGGUGUAUUCAAAUGAAGCCAAGUGAUCGGCCUUCCAUGAACAAAGUCAUAGAAAUGCUAGGAGGAGAUGUUGAAUGCCUAAAAAUGCCCAUCAGACCUUUUCUGUAUCCACAGGAGAUGCAUGCAGGUGAUGUUCAAGAAAAUUUGAACUCAAUGAGGGUUCAACGGGGAGUGUAA